CUCUAUCCCCCUUAAACCCCUCUGUCUGUCUCUCUCUCUUCUCUCUGCUCUCCCUCCUUGUCUUCCGAUCUCGCCAUGCGUUUCCUGAGCCCCCGGUUCACACUCCUCUCCCUCUCGACAUGCCUCGUCCUCGCCUCCCUCUCCCCUCCGGCCCUCCCUCUCUCCUCCGUCCACGACCUCCUCCGCUCCCGAGGCUUGCCCGCCGGCCUCGUCCCCCGUGAGAUCAAGUCCUACACCCUCUCCGACGACGGCCGGCUGGAGGUGUUCCUCGACGGGCCGUGCCUGGCCAAGUUCGAGAACCGGGUCUUCUUCGACAGCGUCGUCAAGGCCAACCUCACCUACGGGAGCCUCAUCGGAGUGGUGGGCCUGUCCCAGGAGGAGCUCUUCCUCUGGCUCCCCGUGAAGGACAUCAUCGUGGACGAUCCCAACUCCGGCCUCAUUCUCUUCGACAUUGGGGUCGCUCACAAGCAGCUCUCCCUCUCGCUCUUCGAAGAUCCCCCCGAUUGUAAGCCCCAACAAGGUGUGCUGAGGAGUCAUGUGAGGAAGGAGAAGGGGUCCUUCGAGGCUCGGAGAUAGAGAAUGUCCAAAGCUGUUCCAACUUUUGUCCUUUUCUUCUCCUUGUCUAACAAUAAUGAAGAAUUUCCCUCCCCCCCCACCCCCAUCAUAGCAAAUAUAAUAUAAAAUAUAUAUAAUUUUGUGAGUUAAUGUCAGUCAUUAGAUAAAUUUUGUGAGUUAAUG